CAUUCGAAUUUAACACUACAAAAAACGAGCUUAGGCUCAAGUGCAUCAAUCAUGUCAACAUCAAGCACUUCAACAUUAAAACAUUCCAGUAUUACCACAGCCAGUACAACAAUUACUUCAACAAAAACAACAAGAAAAACAACAAUUGCUUCUCCAUCAACAACAGCAAACCCUAAAGUUUCCCAGUCGACAACAAUAAAACCAACCACAUUAACAUCUGUAACACAUAAAAUAUUUCCUACGGGAAAAGCAUCGAACUAUGACACUAGGGAUCCAUUGGAUUGUAAACGAGCUUUACUGAUAGUUCCGUGCACUAACGCUAUAGUAAAGAAGCACUGUUUUUAUUCAUGCAAUUCGAAGCAAGGAAACAGUUUGUUAUCUUCCACUAAUACAACGCCAUUUAGACAAACAACUAUCAUGACAAGUCAACAAACAACAAGCAUACUAGUUGCAGUAAACAAUGUACAAACAACUCAUAUAUCCUCUGUUUCAACGCAUAUGUCAGCAGUUAAUAUUUAUGUUUCACCGAACAGUCAAAGCUCUUUAAGCAAUAUGCUUUCAUUACAAUCAAACACAAGGUCUAAUUACCUCUCAGCAAUUCAAAGUACACCGACUUCAAUGUUGCCCUCUUCAAUUUCAAUAGGUGUAUCAUCUUUUCAAUAUUCAAACAUUUUACAUACUUCGAUGACGACACAAAAUACAAUUGUAUCAUCCUUGAUUUCACCAAUGUCAUCUGCAAUUGCAUUAAUGUCAGUAACUCCACCAAAUGUAGUUUCCUCUUCUGUUACUCACGUGACCCAUAAUGUUCUACCAACUGGUCAAGCAUCUAUUUAUAACCCACUUGACCCUCUAGAUUGUAAACGAUCUUUGUUGAUUUUCUCCUGCUCGAUGCCGUUAGUUGCAAAACACUGUCAUUAUUCUUGUUCAUCACCUUCUUUUAAAUUUCCCAGUUCCAGCAUAUUUCACAGUUCAGCUUCAGGUGUUGCUCAUAGCCAAAAUAGUGACAAGACGUCAAGUGUUUCAAUGACGUGUUAUAAUGUUCCCGUAAUGUCCUCUGCUUUACAUUCAUCACCAACAUCAACAUUCUCGAAGGCAAUAUCAUCUGCAACAAGAAUGUCAAAUUUCUCGACAUCAACUAAACCAAACCUGUCGAAAUCUACACAAAGUUUAAAAUCCAUACAAAUAUCAACUUCAACAACAAAACCUUUAACAUCUAUGUCAACGAAAAAACCUUCAAAAGUCAUGUCAACAACGAAACCUUCAACAAAACCUUCAACAUCCAUGUCAACGACAAAACUUUCAACAUCCAUAUCAACGAAAAAACCUUCAACAUCCAUGUCAACACCAAGUUCACUAUAUACAACAACGACAUCGAUUCCUAGAAGAACUACAACUACAACAACUACAACACGACUUAACAAACAGAGAGGAUAA